GGAUGCUGUCUCUUCUAAUGCUGCAUGAUUGUGAGGGGAUUGUGGAAUGGGAUUUUGUUUGCUCUGCAUUUGAAUCAGCAGAAAGAAGCUGAUCCAACAGCCCUUCCUGUCUUUGUAGUACUCUGACAAUUUAAUCCGCCGCUCGCCCUCUUAUGUAAGGGAGUAGCUCACAUAUUGAUAAUCCCAGGUCAUAGUUGGCUGCCACCGCUCUCAAAGUACCAGUCUCGCAGACCUCUGGCACUGCGCAGCAGGACAAUGCUGACACGCAGUCCAUGAACACAGCUAGGUACACUGCAUGGCGCCAUGGAGGUUUGUGUCUAAAGAGCUCUAAAAGGUGGGUGGAAGUGAAGGACUAUGGCUAAAUGGUAGGGUUUUUGCUGAACUGUUUUAAAAACUGUUUUUGUUAUUGUUGUUUGUUUGUUUGUGUGUGUGUGUUUUUAAAGAUUGUGAUGAAGGGCCGGGGUCAGAGAUCCGUUGAUGUAGAGGAGCUGCUUCGGCAGUCUCAGGGGGAGUUGCUGUGGAUACAGAGACAGCUGUCAAUCAUCUCAGCGAGAAAUGCUCGGCACACACGGGCUAAAGACAGGCUGAGACAUGAAGUGGCGCCGCAGCAAGUCCCCACCCUCUCACCUCAGAAUGUGAAUCUCUGUCAGCUGCUUGAGGACAGAAACCGAGCCCUGAAGCGUGAGCUGGCCACCCUCAAGCAGGAGAAACAGCACUACAAGUCCCUGGAGGCAGAGGUCAGAGAGAGAGGGGCCAAGUGCCGAGCGCUAGAGAAGGAAGUGAAGAAUAAAUGCCUUACAUGUCAGACUUUGAAGAGCGAACUGCAUGAUGCCUUGCAGGAGAGGAACCGUCUCAAUCUGCAGCUGCUCAGUCGCAGUCUGAAAGCUGCGCAGUAUGACCAGGUGAAGUCAGACUAUGAGCAACUCCGAGAGACCUUUGGUACUGUGACUCAGGAGCGAGACUUGGCACGCCAGGAGAAGAACCAGCUCAGAGGCCAACUAGAGAACCUUGAGGAGGUCCUAAAGCAUAUGCGAGAAGCUGCUGACCGUACGCAGCAGUUGGAGGCGGAGCAUGAACAAGCCCUGGCUGUCCUCAGCACCAAGCAGCAGGAGAUCAACCUUCUGCAGAAGGCUCAGGUUGAGGCUGAGAAGGAACACGAAGGAGCGGUCCAUGUGCUAGAGAACCAUUGGGACAGAAUGCAGGUCAAAGUUCGCAACCUGGAACAGAAAUGCAGGUCUCAAAGUGAGCAUUUCACCCUUCUGUCUAAAGAGCUUCAUAAAUUCCAAGUUGAGGCUGACACUGUGGACAUCCUGAGCCCCGACCCCUGUCCUGUGUCGAAGGCCGCCCAUCUCCCAGAAAAAACCCUCUCCCAUACUAGCAACGGCCAAACCUCUCAGCCUGGGAAAGGCAAUGAGAGACCUGCGGGCAGUCCGCUGAACGCUGAGGCCCCUCACCCCCUGCCCACCACCGCUGCUGCCCGAAUCAAGCCCGAGUCGUUGUCCGUCAAGCCCACCAUCCUGACCAGAAGCAGGCCCACCAGCCCGCAGCGGGCGGCCCCGUCAGAGAUGGAGGAUGAGGUGACUCCACCUCCCAGGUCCAAACCACGCUACACUGGACAGGUCCGUCUCUGCACUGCCCGCUACAGCUAUAACCCUUAUGAUGGACCUAAUGAGCAUCCAGAGGCAGAGCUCCCCCUGGUGGCUGGGAAGUACCUGUAUGUCUACGGGACCAUGGAUGAUGAUGGCUUCUAUGAAGGAGAGCUGCUGGAUGGACAGCGUGGCCUCGUCCCCUCCAACUUUGUGGAGUUCAUCCAGGACAAGGAGAAGCCCCCGGCCGAGAGAGGUGAGGAGCUGGGCCCUCUGGACCGCAGCCGCCUAGGGCUCACCUUGGGCGACGGCGCUGGGAGCCUGGGGGGCCCCUUAGACGGCCUGGGCAUGUGUGACGCGCUGGGGCCCUGCAGCAACGGCACGGGAGGCCCGCAGGAAGGAGACGAGCUGGGCGACAACGUGGUGCCUUACCCGCGGCGGAUCACCCUGAUCAAGCAGCUGGGGCGCAGCGUGAUCGUGGCCUGGGAGCCGCCGCUGGUGCCGCUCUGCUGGGGCUCGGCCGCGGUCAGCGGCUACAACGUGCUGGUGGACGGCGAGGUGCGCUCCAGCGUGCCCUUCGGCGGCCGCACCAAGCUGCUGCUGGAGAAGCUGGACCUGGGCGCCGCUACCUACCGCGUGUCCGUGCAGAGCGUGACGGAGCGGGGGCCCUCGGACGAGCUGCGCUGCUCGCUGCUCGUGGGCUGCGGCGUCACCGUGGCGCCGUGCGGCCUGCGCGUGGACAACAUCCUGAGGGACUCGGCCGAGCUCUCGUGGUUGCCCAGCAACAGCAACUAUGCGCACAUGGUUUACCUGGACGGGGUGGAGCAGGCCGUGAUAAGGCCGUGCUGCUACCGGUACCGUUUCGGAGCCCUGAAGGCCAUGACUGUGUAUAAAGUCAGGGUGAUGGCCAAGCCCCACCAGAUGCCCUGGCAGCUGCCACUGGAGCAGAGGGAGAAGAAAGAGGUCGGGGUGGAGUUCUGCACACAGGCGGGAGUUCAGACAUGUCAAGGUCCCCCACUGCCCCCACAAGAGGUGCAGGUCCAGUGUGGUCCGGGCCCUGGAGUCCUGCAGGUCUGCUGGAAACCCCCCCUUCUCACACCUAUGGGCACCUCCAAUGGGGCCAAUGUCAUUGGCUAUGCUGUGUGCACCAAGGGCCAGAAGAUAGCUGAGGUGAUGUUUCCACUGGCGGACUACGUCACUGUGGAGCUGAACCGCAUCCAAUGUCUGGAGGCGCGCGAGGUCGUCGUCCGGACCCUGUCAGCACAAGGAGAGUCGCAAGACUCGUCCGCCGCAACCAUUCCAAACAACCUGCUGCCUCCCCCCGGUGCCCCCCACCCCCACGCCCACGCGCCUCCGCCCCACCUCCAGUCCCCGCUCCGCCCUCAACCCCAACCUCUCCCCCCUCACCCGGCCCCCCAACCGCAGCCUCAGAUCCAGCCCCACCCUCCCCACCAGAUCCCUCAGCCCACCCCCAGCCACUUCCGGCCCUUACCCCAGCAACCUCCCAGACACUUACCCCCGCACCCUCCACACCCACACCCGCAGCCUCCCCCGCACCUCCACCCGCUGCCCCCUCACCCAGGCCCGCAGCCCCAGCCUCACAUCCCCAUGCCCCAGCCUCACAUCCCGCAGCUGGCCCACCCAGCCCCGGGGCAGCCGCAGAGACCACUAAGUGCCAGAGAGCUGGAAACCAAAGAGCCCGGACCUCCUGGGCCGGGCGGCGGGCACCACGGCCCUCCGGGCAGCCAACCGUGGGAGCCCCUGCGCUCGCCGUCGGGCAUGCCGCGCGGGCCCAUGCACGGCCACACGCUGGAGGCACCCCCCCACCCCAACCGCCGCUCGCCCUCACCACAGAGGAUCCUGCCACAGCCGCGGGGCACACUUAUCCCCGACACGGUGGCCAAGGCCAUCGCCAGAGAGGCGGCGCAGAGGGUGGCAGCUGAGAGUGGACGGAUGGAGAGGAGGAGCCAGCCUUUCCAACAGCAGGGCUCUGAUGAAGAGGAGGAUGAGGAAGGCUACGACCAGGGCCGACGUAGAGGGGCAUCUGUGGAUGACUUCCUCCGUGGCUCAGAGCUGGGCAGACAGCCUCAGUACAGCCAAAAUGAGGACUACCAAACAGAAAGCAGCCGUGGCUCUGACCUGUCUGACAUCAUGGAGGAGGACGAGGAGGAGCUCUACUCCGAGAUGCAGCUGGAGGAAGGCCGCAGGCGCAACUCUCACUGCACACAGAAGGGGUCUCCUUCGUCCGGGCGCAUGGAACGUGGUGACAAUCGACGGUCGGCUCAAGGUGGACCUCAACCCCCGCGCCGGCCCCUCAUGGUUCCCUCAAUUGAUGGGUACAGGGACCGAGGCCGACGGUCACCUCCCUAUUACGACGAGUCCGAGCCCGAGGAGCAGGGUCGAAUCUUCGUGGCGCUAUUCGACUAUGACCCCCUCUCCAUGUCACCCAACCCGGACGCGGCCGAGGAGGAGCUCCCGUUCAAAGAGGGCCAAAUCAUCCAGGUGUAUGGCGAUAAGGACACAGACGGCUUUUAUCGGGGGGAAAUCCGAGAGCACUCGGGCCUGAUCCCCUGCAACAUGGUGUCAGAGAUCCGUGCAGAAGACGAAGAAACAAGAGAACAGCUUCUCAAACAAGGCUACUUGUCUCUGAACACACCAGUGGACAAAAUAGAACAGAACAGGAGAGGAGGGAGGCACGCUGUAGCCUCCAGGAGGAUGGUGGCUCUGUACGACUACGACCCCAGAGAAAGCUCCCCAAACGUGGAUGUAGAGGCCGAGCUGACGUUCUGCGCUGGCGACAUCAUCGCCGUGUUUGGGGAGAUUGAUGAAGAUGGAUUUUAUUAUGGUGAGAUCAAUGGCCACCGGGGCCUUGUCCCCUCCAACUUUCUCGAAGAAGUGCCUGACGACGUGGAGGUCUACCUGACGGACACGCCUCCUCGCGGCGGGCCGCAGGCCGAGCCGGAGGUGGAACUGGCGCCACAGGCCGAGGCCAAACGGGUACACCCCUCCUCCUCCUCCUCCUCCCACCGCCGCUGUCAGCGCUAGGCCCUGUGUCCAUCCAUCCUCCGUUUGAGUUGCUCGUCUUUCGCCGUCUGUGCUGGUUUUUUUUUCUUUUUCUUUUUUCUGUUUUCUUUUUUUCUUGUGAGUGGUCUGUGGGUUAGUUCAGUGGUUGUUUUGUUUUGUUUGGUUGGUUGUUUGCCUGAUUGUUUGUUUGUUUGUUUGUGGCCGUGGUGAUGAUGCUGGUGGUGACUUUUGGGAGUCCGAGCCCUUUCUGAUGUCUUUGGAAAGGAAGAAGCAAAGCCUGUGAUGAAAUGCGAGAGCACACAGACACAGACGGCCAACAGACUCAUGUUGGGGGGCCACACAAGGGGGAGAUAUGCGUAGGGCCCUUUCAGAACUCAGAACUGUGGGCGAGCAUAAAAGAAAACGAAACUAACAAAAAAAAUGCCAAUGUUUUGCACUGAAACACAAAAUCUCUAUGUGGAUACUGUGUGUGGUAUAAACUCAUAAGUGCUUUAUGAACUUGUCUAAAGGGUACCUGGUUGGAAUUAUUUGUUACCUAGAAAAAAAACAACAAAAGACGAAGUGACUUCAUGUAGGUUGCCAUGGUUUAGCAAAGCAUGCCUUUUUCAACAAUAAUCUUGAUACCUUUUUCUAUAUUAAAUAUGACCGCAUACAUUGGCCUAACUGUUGUAUUUCUUUAAAUAGGCUUUGGUUCUUUUGUAUAUUGCACACUCAUAUAAGAUAAAAACUCUAUUUUUCAGACCACACUCUGAAAGCAAAGAGACACGGCACAGUGGUCUCUUUACAAAGUUGAUUGGUACAAUCUAAGACUGUAACGGUAACGUGAAGAAAUAAAUGACUAAUUACAAAAAUCAA